AUGGGCAUUUUAUCUGACGCUGCAGCUGGAGAACUCCAAGAGGGAGAUUUGAUAUUAGAGAUAGACGGAUAUAACGUUCGCGGUGCAACCCUCGAAGAGGCAACAGAGGCACUACUCGAAAGUUUGUCCGAAAUGGCCGAGCUACACGUCGAAGAUGGUGAGUAUUUCGGGAAAGAUCCACUAUUACUGACAAGACUAUCUUCUAUUCUUUACGAUCUUUGA